UCAUCCCAGAAAAUCUCUCUUGCUCAGCCAACACGGCACGCGCAACCUCGUGUAUUUUUCUCUGCAGGGCUAAAAAUCAGUGAUUUUUAUUGAUUUUUCCCUCAAACUAGUUGUGGAACUCAUCCGCCAUUCUGUAACCGUACGUUUACACCGUCUGUGUUGUCUAUUGUUUUCCAUUUUCAAUCACUUCUUUCGAGAUCAAUACAACAGCAACGCAAAAGAUGGCUUCCCCACUAGCAUACGAGAAACACUGGGCAGAUAAGUCCAACUGUGACAGCGCCGAGAAGAAGUACUACGAGUAUCUAGCCCAGCUUUCACAAGGAAAAAAGCCCGAAUGUCCUAAUGUAGUCCAGAAGGCAGCUGCUCCGGUCACUAAACCGAAGCCUACAGCAGUAUCUAACAAGAAGGAACAGUCACCACCAAAGGCGGUCGCUGCUCCUACUCCUGUUGCAGCCGCGGAGUCCGACCAAAACAAGGUAAAGAAGGACAAAAGGAAGAAUAAGAAAAAUAAGGGGAAGGAUGUUUCCCAAUCACCCGAUCCUGCUUCCUCUGCUACCGAAUCGGUAAAGGAACAACCGAAAGCUUCACCAUUGGUGGCUGCUCCCGUCGCUCCGGCCGCAACCGAAGAUGCUUCCAAGGAACAAACCAAAAAGAAGGCAAAGAAAAACAAGAAGAAUAAGGCCGGCCAGGAAACUGCAGCAGCCAACGAAGCAUCCGCUCAUGUGCAUCAUACUAACCACAAACUACUAACCGAGAAGGAGAAUGCCAAGAAUCUAAAGGAGAAAGAGAAUCUGGCCCACAAACUGUGCGAUAACAUUACCGAGGAGUUGAGCAAGAUGAGUUCCUUACCGGCACAGUGCACCCUGGCAUCGGAAAUCUCCAAGGCCAGACAACACAUUAAGAAUUCUCUUGAGCGAAUGGAUGGAAUUGCCGCCUUGGCUGCCAGUCCCGGUGCCGAACUGCUGGAUCGUUUGUCCACCGUUGAGAAGGAGAACGAGAAGCUGCGCUCCGUCAUCGAUGGUCUGAACAAUCUGGUUAUUGAUCUGCACGCGCGUGUCAAGACGCUAGAAUCGGGCUCCGCACCUGCCUCAAAGGCUACAGCGCCAGCACCAGCCAAGAAAGCCCCCGCACCUGCCGCCGAAGACGACGAUGAUGUCGAUCUAUUCGGUUCGGAAGACGAGGACGAGGACAAGGCUGCUGCUGAGCUGCGCGAGAAGCGUCUAGCCGAGUACGCCGCCAAAAAGUCCAAGAAACCUGCCUUGAUUGCCAAGUCCAACGUCAUCUUGGACAUCAAGCCAUGGGACGAUGAAACCGACAUGAAGCAGAUGGAGCUAGAGGUCCGAAAGGUGACCAUGGAUGGACUGUUGUUGGGAGCCUCAAAGUUGGUGCCAUUGGCUUACGGAAUCCACAAGCUGCAGAUGAGCUGCGUCAUCGAGGACGAUAAGGUGUCCGUUGAUGAGCUGCAGGAGAAGAUCGAGCAGAUCGAAGACUACGUCCAGAGUGUGGAUAUUGCCGCGUUCAACAAGAUCUAAGAACGCUCUGGAUGAAAUGCUCAUCAGCCUCAACAAAUUAUCCACACUUACUCACUGCGUAAUCAUCUAUCACACCUCCUUUCAAAUUGAAAGUUUUACAACUUUAAAUAGCGUUUGACUUGAACAACAAAACUAUUGUAAUCACCAAGACUAAGGACAACGUGAAUGUUCAAAAUAAAAUAACAAGAAUUUAUGAACCUAA